UCUGCAUUCCAUCCAUCAAAGCACCCACGAGGCUCGCUGCAGCCUCGAUUCGCUAUCACCUGCAGAUACGCUAAGAUAGCAACCCCGCAUCGUAUUACCACUACAACACCAUACUCACUGCUGCGAUCGACAACGACGGUUCCUGAGUUACUUCGACAAACAACAUCUUCGGAGAGGACCUCUCUGGCCUCACUCCAGCCCACAAUGGGGCUCUUCAAGGCUCUCACCCUUCUGGCACUCACCACAUCCCCUGCCUUUGCAAAGCCAUACCCCGUCCACGAUGAAGAGCUAAUGCAACUCCACAACGCGACUCAAAUCGACAGACGCGCUACGUGCAGCGGUGUGAGCUGCGGCUGGGACAAUUGGCUCUGCUGUCCCUCAGGCUCGACCUGCAUCACUGACGCGAGCAACCAGGCGCAGUGCGGUCCUGCUGGCGCCGCAGCUACAGGCGGCGGAUGGGUGUACUACACAACAACCUGGGUUGAGACCGUCGGCGCCGUGACCAAGACGAGCGUCGGCUCUUCCUACACUGGUGGCAGCGGCGCUGCGACAACCGCUGCGUGCGGUAACAGCCAGAACCCGUGUGGGAGCGUCUGCUGCGACUCUGGAUUCUACUGCAAAGCCUCUGGUACCUGCGCGCUGAUCGCCGGCGGGAGCUCAGGCGGUAUCGUGCCUACUGUGUCUGCGUCCGCACCCGUGCGACCUACAUCUUCGACUUUGGUGGUUAUCACAUAUACCGGCACCCCCACCGCAACAGUACCCUUCCAAACCCCCAUCCCCACAGGCGCAAACGGCUCCCUCACCGAGACCGACGCCUCUAACGGCCUCUCCGGCGGCGCAAUCGCCGGAAUCGUCAUUGGCGUCAUCCUCGGUAUCUUGCUCCUUCUCCUCCUCUGCCUGUUCUGCUGCGCCCGCGCUUUGUUCGACACACUCCUCGGCAUCCUGGGUAUUGGAGGUAAGAAGCGCAAGCACACGCACGAAGAGACGACAUACAUCGAGGACCACCAUCACUCUGGCGGCGCCGCGGCGGGAGGCAGAUGGUAUGGCCAGGGACCCAGUAGGCCGAACAGGCCGAUGAGCGAGAAGAAGUCGGGCAUUGGGAAGGGGCUUGGUAUGGCGGCUGCGCUGGGCGGGUUGGCGCUUGCGCUGGGAUUGAAGAAGAAGCAUGAUAGGCGGGAUGAUAAGAGUACCACCGUCUCUGGGUCAUCGUACUACUACAGUGACUACACAUCAUCUAGUAGCGCAAGUUCAUCAGACCGCCACACACGGCACACGAGGCAUUCGAGUAGACGAUAGGAUCCUUCCAACUCGUCAGCUUCGCGCUGAAGCUUGUACAAACGCUCCUCUUCUUUUACGACUUCGCGUCAAUGUUUGCACAUGGGCGGUUCAUUUGCAUUUCGCAGUACCUACGGGGCUGCUUUGGCG